CAUAGCGCUGGAAUAUACUGUCACGUCUUGCUCCGUUCCUUUGUUACCUGUGUGCCGUUAAGUUUGCUCACGCCUGCAGUUCCAUAUCCUGAAAUCCCUCGCCUCUCUUCGAUCUUACUACCCACAAUCAUCGUAUACAUCAGCCACAACUAUCACGUCCCAGUUCAAAACCUACCUCGCUUUCUCUUCCCGUUGGAAUGUCUCAGCCGAUGUCUCGUCCAUCACCACGGACCGCACAGCAACGAUCGUUGCAAACUGCUUCAGAGUUAUCAGCCUCCUUGAUUUCAAGCUGUUCGAUCAGUCGCUGUCGUCCUCUCAACCAUCUUUACAGGAACACAUGUCACAGUCUGUCUUCCACUGCACGCACGAUAUCAUCAAGCAAUCUCUCCAUUCCCGACCCCGUACCUCGGUCGUAUCGCAAGACGCACGAUACUUACGGUCCUAUCAACUCCCUGCGCAGUCACGCAAGUAGGAUGGCCAGAACUCGGCCGCGGAACGACGGUCCGCAAGGUCGAGACGAUAGUAAUACUUUACGCGGAGGCCUCGCUCUAGGCGGAAUAAAGUUUCACGAACGUAUGGCUCGACGGUCGACUCAAGCAAUACCUGAAUUCACAACACAAUCGCCUACAAUCAUUGAAGAUGAUUCGACUGUAGAAGUGGAAGCACCAAUAACCUCAGAGUCACGUCAAGAUGUGCCGCUAUGCGACCAUCGUCUUUGCUUGAGACACAAACGUACAUGUCUUGAGCAUUCUCCCACACCUGACCCACCCUCACGGGCCUCCACGAGACCAGCACGCACUGGCGAGUCUCAGCGCAACAAUCAGGACAUAUGGAUGCAAAUCGCAUCUGAGUAUUCGCCUGGGCAGUGAUGUGAGACGCAGUCUCGAUGCUUCAGCCCCAUUACAUGGCGUGGUUGACAGCAAAGGUUCAUUCGAGACAGUUGUGGGCUGUCUUCUCCC